CACGUUUCUUUCUUUCAUUUCCUCGAUCGACGACGAGCGGCUGGCGUUUGUUCGAUCGCUUGGUCACACGUUCACGUCAUCUUUUUAGCUUCAAAUGUCUGAAUUUUGCAUCCCACAUGCUUAGGGGUAACCGAAUUAAGAAGAAAUCCAAGAAUCCCCGCACGAGAAGAAAAGUACGAGUGAGAUUGUUGAAGUUAAAUGUGAACUAGAAAGUGUGUGAAAAGUCGUGAGGUGUCUUGUCCGUCCGGUUCGAUCUGGAUUUGAGCAGUUUGAACCGACUGUCGGGCUUCUUUCCCCUCGAUUUUAAUAUUAUUAAAGUUUAGUGUUGUGUAAUAGUUAAAUAAACGUUUUGUUUGCCGUUAUCCGGAAAACUUUUUGUUGGUUAAAUAAUUGUGUAAAGAUCCAAAAUGUCCGAGGAGUCGUCAGCCGAUCGCAACGUCGAAAUAUGGAAGAUCAAGAAGCUAAUCAAAAGCUUGGAAAUGGCUAGAGGGAAUGGCACAUCAAUGAUAUCCCUCAUAAUCCCGCCCAAGGACCAGAUAUCCAGAGUGUCCAAGAUGUUGGCUGAUGAAUUUGGUACAGCCUCCAACAUCAAGUCCCGAGUCAACCGACUGUCUGUGCUGGGUGCCAUCACAUCUGUGCAGCAUCGGCUCAAGUUAUAUACUAAAGUACCACCAAAUGGCCUGGUAAUCUACUGCGGUACAAUCGUAACAGAGGAGGGCAAAGAGAAGAAAGUCAACAUAGAUUUUGAGCCGUUUAAGCCAAUCAACACAUCUCUAUACCUGUGUGAUAACAAAUUUCACACUGAAGCCUUGACUGCAUUGCUGGCCGAUGAUAACAAGUUUGGUUUCAUUGUUAUGGAUGGUAACGGAGCCCUAUUUGGUACACUGCAGGGAAACACUCGUGAGGUUCUACACAAAUUCACAGUCGACCUACCCAAGAAGCACGGCCGUGGUGGUCAAUCGGCCUUACGUUUCGCGCGUCUGCGUAUGGAGAAGCGUCACAACUACGUGCGGAAAGUGGCGGAAGUGGCGACACAGCUAUUCAUCAGUGCGGACCGACCUAACGUGGCUGGGCUUAUCCUAGCUGGUUCUGCUGACUUCAAGACUGAGCUGUCGCAGUCUGAUAUGUUUGAUCCACGUCUCCAAUCCAAGAUCAUCAAGCUAGUGGACGUGUCGUACGGGGGUGAGAACGGGUUCAACCAGGCGAUCGAGCUGGCCGCCGAGUCCCUUCAGAAUGUCAAGUUCAUACAGGAGAAGAAGCUCAUUGGCCGAUACUUCGACGAGAUCUCACAGGACACGGGCAAGUACUGCUUCGGCGUGGACGACACCCUUCGCGCCCUCGAACUCGGUGCCGUCGAAACACUGAUCUGCUGGGAGAACCUCGACAUACAACGAUACGUGCUCAAAUCCCACGCGACCAACCAGGAGACCAUCCUACACCUGACGCCCGAACAAGAGAAGGACAAGUCACAUUUCACCGACAAGGAAACGGGAGUGGAGCUCGAGCUAGUGGAGUGCCAGCCGCUACUGGAGUGGCUCGCUAACAACUACAAGUCGUUUGGAGCGACUCUAGAGAUCAUCACCGACAAGAGUCAAGAGGGAAGCCAGUUUGUGAGGGGAUUCGGAGGGAUUGGCGGUCUCCUCCGCUACAAAGUGGACUUCCAAUCGAUGCAGCUAGAUGAUGAAGAGAUCGACAAUCUGUACGAUAUCGAUGACUACUAAACAAACGGCGAGCCAAUCGAGCCGUCAUCGUCAGCUACUGGACCGGACUAGAAGUUUGGCGCCACCUUCCAUUUUUAUAGCCUACCCGCAAAAAAAAUUGCAAAGUAUGUAAAUAAAUAAAAAAUGCACAGAGUUUCUGGGUAGAGAUGCGCCAAAUGACUGAGAGGUGCUCUUUAGGUGAACUUUAGCCUCACCCCCACUGCUUCAACAGUAUAUGUUUAAUGAUAAUUUGCUCAGAAGCUCUGCAUUGCAAAGCAAAGUUGACUCCGCUAAGUCCGGGCAGCGUUAACUUUGUCCAUAGCAAACAUAACGUUUUCGAAACAUUUUUCCGUAUUUUAUAUCAUAGUAAACAUUUCUCUGUUAUAUUACAAAUUAUAUUUUUUUAACCCCUUGAAGUGAGUAUUUGAAUGAUAAAAAGUAUAUUUUGAAACUCGAAAUUUUGUACAUAUAAUAAGCUUAGGAUUGAGACUACCUUUAUGAAGCAAAGUUUGAAAUUUUUGGGGCCACCUAAGUACUAUUUCUAAUGAAUUGCAUUUUUAAUUGCAUAUCUAUCACAAGUACUUGCAAUACUGUACUAAUUUUGAUGUAAUUGUAUGCAAUGGUCAUGUGUAUGUACGUUUGUGUAAACGGAUGUUUGAAAAAAAUGUAUGAUAAUGUUAAAUGACAAGUCAAAAUUUAAAUAAAUCACAAAUGUUAAUAAUGUCUAUUGGUUCUCCCAUACAGUAGUUUUAUAUCAUAUUUAUGAACAACAUAUAACAUUUUGUUGCGAUUCGGUAAAUGUAUAACAUUUACCCGCUUCUAAGACUAUUAAACUUGGGUAUCAAUAACAACCCUUGUUAUAUAACAACUUUUAGAGAUGUUUUGUUUUAAAAUGUUAUAUAACACUUUUAUGUGAGAGCCUGUAUAGUCUUAUUUUAGUUGUAAUUAUGAAUCCAUUUUCCAAAAAUUCUGUACUCACAAAAAUCGCUAAUCCGACCAGCUUGUACUGCAAAAUGUUAUGCUAAGUGGCACUGUACACAUUCGCCGAGUGGUUUGGCCCAAUGUGUAUGAGCCACUUAACUAUUUUGUAUUCAUGACCCGGGUCAUGUUUCAAUAGUAAUAAAAAAACCUGUAAAAAUUGUGAAAUAAAAAUGUGUGCCUUUUAAUGCCUUAAUUAAAAUACUGAUUUGAGAUAAAAAGAACAACCAAUAAAAUAUUAAUUUGUGCAUAACAAAUUAAAAUGGUCGUUUAGGUCAUUGGAAUAUUACGUAUCACUCUAUCAAUAUAAUUAGUUAAUUUUAUCCGAACCCUCGUAUAGUAGUCCAAGAGAUGGUUAAUUUUAUUGGAAGAUGUACUUGAUAAAAGUUACAAUAUAAUUAUUUAUCAUUAUAGUGGUAUCUGGCUUGCCCGGCUUCGCUCAAGUGGGCUCGUCUAUACUAUAGACGGAAUUUGAAUGUGAAAGGCAUUCCGAACCAGUGGUAGAUGCUUUCGACUAUUCAAAAGAACUUGUAAAAGUCUAAUUGAAUAAAAAUAUUUUGAAUUUGUAAAACCUUUUAGAGAAGAUUUAGAUAUAACUUGAGUACCUCUAAACUUGAUUGUGAUGGAAAUUUCUUAUUUACAGUAGUUAAAACUGGCAAAAUACGAGUCUUAUGAUUUCAGCAUCGACGGCCAAGGUUAAUUUUUUUUAUCACUCCAUCCGCGAUAGGUACUUUUUUAAAUAUUGUUUUAU